CUAACACGGGCACAACAUCAUGUUUAUUAGAAGAUGAUCUGAUAAAAGUGGAUAACAGAAGGACAUGGGUUGGAGACGCAGAUAUUGUCAUAGACCGAUUUUUGUGGCUGUGAUUUUAGCAUUGUGCCUUUUCUAUCAGUGUCUUGCUCUGCUCUGGAAAAGUAUAUCUUGGACCAGUAAGGAGAAUGCAGUUGGCAGGGACAAGGAUAUUACGGACGUGGCUGCUGGCAUGGGGGACUGCCUGCAUCGAUGGGAUAGCAUAAUCAGAAAGAUAAAGGAUUAUGAAGAAAACAUGAAGGAGAGGUUGAUUUCCAAUACCCGGAGAAGAGUCUUACUAUAUACGUAUCUUAAAUUCAAUACUGAGGAAUCUACCCUAUAUAAAAGGAUUCUGACUCGCCUUGGGUACACAGUCUUACAAUCUGAAGAUAUUAGAAGUGUUAAAGCAUUUGUUAAACAACAGCCUCAGAGCCAAGAUAUGUUGAUUUACAUUCCAUCAAAUAAAAGUACAGAUGCAAAUUGCAAUGAAAAACAAGAACUUGCUAAAAUACAAGAACUGAGAAAGAUAAACAUCAUACCAAGAAUCCAACAACUGCUCUGUGAGAAAAACAAGAUCUGUGAAAUGGUUGCCAUUUUUCCAGAACUGGCAAACCUUUCAGUGUGUUCAAUGCAAUCUGAAAAGUCACGGGUCUGGAAGAAGACAUUUUCAAAUCUUGUUCUGCCAAACCUUAGUAAAAAGAAUCAGGAUUUAAAAGCUUGGGACAUAAAUCCUUUACUGGAAACAUUUUUAAAUGUAUCAUUCCACCACCACAAACCAUCACCAGGCUCUCCACUUGUCAGGGUUUUUGUACUAAUUACAUCAUUAUCACCACUACGUGCAUUUAUUCAUUCCACUGCAAUGGUUCAGGACCAACCCAACAAGCCAUUCACUACAAUGAAGCUACAGCACUUCUAUGAACACUUCUUCAAGCCACUGUCUCCCAUGCAAGCUUUUAACAUCUUGAAGGUGAUGAUAAGCAAGCUGUUGCUUACCCUGGAGGUACUGAGCGAAGCAGCUGUUACAGGACCAAAUUUGCUGAACAGGUGCAAUGAAUGUUUUCAGCUAUUAACAUUUGACAUUGGAUACAGGCGUGCCUCACCUCCCUCUGUGCUUGAGGUAAAAGAAUUAACCUAUUUCUAUUAUCUAAACCUGGAGGAACGUGAUGCUGUAGAAAACAUUCUGCAACAUGUGUUUCAAUUUAUGUUACGAAGGACUUCAUCCAGUUUUUUAGAAGUACUGGAACAUGUUGAGAAGUAUCCAGCUAUAAAGAUUUUGGGACGGGAGCGAACGGUGAAGACACAGAUUUACCCUUCUAUUUCUGUUUCAUUAAAAAUGUUCAGGAGUGAGCUUUACCUUAAAGCUAAACAUAUAAAACAACAUGAAUCCUUACUGAGAAAACAUGAAUUUAACACUGCCUUGCUGGAAUACGCCAACAUUUUGAACAUUUCCAUUCUGACUCAAAGAGAAACAAUUGGACACAGAGGGAUUUACAGAUUAUCUGCUACUUCUGUAGGAACUGGAUCUUUCUCAGGCAAAAGCAAAGUGAGGAACUGUAGUAAUGAUAAUGAUACACUAUCUUACAUCAGUCGUAUCUUCAGCAAUCCUCCUCUGGACUUGACUCCUGAAUUCAACCCAAAGAUCAAAGACUACUAUGUAGAACUGCCAUUUGAUGUAGUGACAGUGGAAAUUGGAGCAGAGCCUGCACACUGCAAAAGCCAAGUGCACCUGGAUGACAGGGAUGGGCCAAGAGCUGCUAAUUAUCCUAUUGGCCUGGGAUUUAACCAGAUUACUUUACAUGUUAUGGAUGAAUCCAAAACAGUACCAGUAUUGUUGAGAAGCUACAGAAUAACUGUACAUAGGGAAGAUCGUCCAAGCAUGCCCUUGUUUGACCAUCACAGAUUAUGUGGCUUUAUACAGAAACCUGCCAUUUAG